AUGAACUGGGUAUCUAGGCGCGUUCCACGCGUUAAGGGAUUCGCCAAAAUUGGCUCGACAAGAUAUGAAAAUCCGGCUCCUUUGGUCACGGAAAUGCUAUUCGCUGCCGACUUCAGAUCCGCGAGGAUCCCUAAUGCGAAUUUGGGUGUGGAACUUGUCAAGGGCGCAUUCCUAGGUUUCCGAAGACAUUCAGUCAACAGGUUCAUCAAAGCAUUGGACCUUCAUGGUAAUACGGUUUUCGAAUGGUCACGUUUAGGUAACACCGACACGAAAUAUCUGCACAAUCUAGACGACAUCCUCCAGAUAUAUAUGGACCGGAUGUCACUUGACCAACUAUUAGCGCUAUACCAGGUAAGGUGGGCAAUAUUACAAUAUCACUGUCUGCAGUUGAACCUAAAAUGUACAACUAGUAAUAGUGAAAUCAAAUAUUCAUUUAUGGAAGCUGUGUCACACAGCAUCGUCACUUAUAUGCGCGAGGUGACAUCACAUGAUACUCUCGGCCAUUUCCUGAGCAACACAAAGACUUUAGUGAGGACUACAAAUGAGAGAUAUAAAAAACAUAUCUGUAACUUUCUGUUUCAACACAGAAAUGAUCUGCUUAGGUUCAGGGAAGAGGUGAGACAGGGUACCACCCUCCCUUGCGGUGGUAAAGAGCGUAUUGUGACAUUCAAAAACAAACGAUCAACGACUGAUAAAUGCGUUGGCCAGCAUUUGGGAGAGGAUGAAUUGAGCAGCGGCGCCUGUGAAAAUCAGGCGCCGCUGGGGAGUUCUGUCGCUGUCGAAGGUGUUGAAUGCAAUAAUAUGUACGGCAGUGCUUCUACAUCUGGAUUUUGUGAAGAACAAGUUGACAAUACUCGACGCACCCAUUUUAGCGACCAGGCAUCUACCCCCACCGAUCAUGUGGGUCAUGGUUCUGACAUGUUAGGUACGGAGAUUGUAUAUGAUCCUCAUAUACCUCCCAUAUCACCGGAGACCAGGAGCGAAGACUGUCUGUUAUCGACUAACGUGAUAGCAUUGGUAUUUGGACACGUAUUUAGCGUCAAGUACUGGCAUAGGGGAUUUCCAUUUAAUACGUGGAUCAACCAAUAUUUUGUACACAAUGCCGACCUGUACCAUCCUGUUUUCGCCAAGCUGUACAUGUCCAAUGUUAUCGCCCUGGUUGACAGGAACACCAACACUACGGAUUUCAAUGGAUUUUGUGACGUGGUCCAGAACGAUCUAGUUGCAUAUGGCCAGAAUAACAUUUCGGUCGAGGAAAGUGUUAUCGUUCAACUAUGCGGGCACUGCCAAGAGACUAAAUUCGACCUACCUGAGGUAGUAGAGAUGUUUUCCAAUGUUAAACGCAUGGCACAACACGCAAAGUUCAAGGAAUUGUACCCAUAUGUGGUCAAGGUACUUACAGAACUCAUCAUGAAAACACCGGUUGACGCAAAACUAAUUAAUAGCAUCGCCAACGUAUGCAAUCGGAAUGAUGCUAUUGGUGGUUUAGAGCGCCUUUUGCAAGUAUUGGAAACACAAAUCUUGAGCAACAUCCAUGCGGUUACUUGCAUGGACGUGUGUAGUGUACUGCAGGCAUUGUACAAGCAUGAUCUACAUAGCCAAGAUCUCGUGGACGCUAUUGCAGACAAGCUGGACACAGAUGAGAUUGAUGAUUUGAAUGUAUCAACAAUCGCGUUGUGUAUCCAAACCCUAGGUAGAAUGCAAGCUAAUUGCAAAAAUCACAACUUCUUAUACAAAAUAGCCGAUAUGUUUGUCAGGGAUCCACACAAGUUCAGCGAAACAUCAGAAUCAAAUUGUUCUGGGAUAUUAUGGGGGUUCUAUAAACUCCAUUUCAAGCAUUCGAAGUUCCUGGAAUCGGCAUUGCAACGCUACUCAUCAAAGGAUCUAGGUACCCCCAAUGUCAACUCUUUGGUCAUCUCGCUAUCCGCCUUGACCAGAUUCGAUAGUUUCAACAAGCCUUCAGUACUUGUGGAAAUAUACAAGCUGAUACUACGAAACAUUGCAAGCAUGACCACAUCGACAUCACAACAAUUGAUCACAUGUGUCACAAGGAUGCUGGACAAUAUUACGCUAUGCUGUUCGGAACAGAAUAGCUACAAGAGCAUGCGGAUUAUAAGCAACCGACUUGUUAAUGCCACCAUGAAGCAUGUUUGCGAGAAAUUAAUGGAUCAAAUCACUACAGUACAAGCUGGGGCUAUGCUUAAUGCACUCUACAGAUCAAAGCAACGCACACCAGAGAUAAUUGCGGCGUUGAUCGCGGCCAUCGCCGGUGCCUACAAAAAAGGACAAGAUUGGCAUUCAAGUGUUCAUAUGCCGAAGAAAAGUUUGUAUGCGUAUAACACAAUGCCCCCAUGCCCGUUUGAUAGCGAGGUAUGCUCCAAAAAGUUGGAAAAGGUAGAAAUUACCCACCUUGUUGGUAUUUGUGAGGCUAUCCAUGGGCUAGAUUAUUGGAGCCCAUUUUCACUCCACCUCAUGCUACAAAUACAAAAACAGAUUAAACCCCAAUUGCAUGACAUGAAAGCGACACACAUUCUGGCUUCAUGUAUAUCAUUUGCAAAUUGGCCAUUCACAGAUUACCAAAUGGAAUCUGUGGGGACGGAAGAUAUAGGGUCAGAAAAACUAUCUAAAGAGCAUGUGUUGCAAAAUGUACAAAAAAUUGUUGAACAUGAUCUGGAUAAGCUACGAGAGAGGUCAGAAAGUUGGUUCGAUGGCGAUUCUCCCGAUACUUCACAAAAUGUUGAUAUUAUGAAACAUUUCGAGAUGAUGCUUAUGAAGAGCUAUUGGAAAGAAGAUCUUUUACUGUCAUGCAUAGAAAGUUUGCAUAGACAUUCUAACUUCCUAUCAGCAGCAUCAUUGCCGCUCAGGCGAUUGAAGAUUCUAUUUGACCUGCUGAGGUUCAACAUCUAUCUCGAUCACAGCAGCGAUCAGAAAAUUGAGCUGCCUCGAGAACCAAACGAUUUUACAUCGACAAAAUGCCCGUUUCUAAUACUGGAGCAUAAGGCGCCAAAUCAACCGUCCCACAUCACCACAGCCAUGCCACAAAACCUUAUCGACUUUCUAUCGCAACUAUACGUCAUAUCGAGGACGGAAUCAUUUCACAACUUUAUUUUCGAGGAGGGAAAUGCCCCAACGGGUGUUGUGAACGGCAAUGAAGAGGAUGAAGAGUUGCAUGUAGACCCCGGGGACGAAAUGUUGGGAAAUGGCAAAGAGGUACCUACAAUUCGACCUUUAUACACUAGACCUACUGGAACCGAAUCUCAAUGGGAUUUGUCAUCAUCGAGCUAUCACUGCCACCAAGGAUCAGGGACGAUCGUUCAGCUGGACGACAAAUAUAUCUAUGUCGAUCCAGUGAUCGGCGGGUUCAGAACUACGCUGCUACUUCUGGACCCCAAACGGCACUAUGUGCCGCAUUUAUCAGAGAAAAUCUACACAUGCGAAGUUUGA